AUGUCUGAGUCAGACGAGGAGCGUCGUACUUUCCGCACCAGCAAGAACACUGAGGGGGCAAAUACGACUCCUAAUAGCCCCAAGGGGGUUAUGCGCCAUCUUCUGGAUUUUUUAUUUUUUUUUUUUGGUUGUGCAAUAGUUGGUGGUAUUUGGUUAUGGGUAUGGUUAUGUAAAAGUGAAGGUCAGGUUGCCCCGUCGGACGACGAGGACCCUAAUUGCCGUUUCUCAAAAGCUGCAGUGGCCGCAGACUCCGAGAAUUGUUCGGAGAUUGGAAAGGACAUUCUUCGGAAAAAUGGCUCUGCAGUAGAUGCUGCCAUUGCUGCGCUGCUGUGCACCUCCAUCAUGAACCCACAGUGCAUGGGGAUCGGAGGCGGGGUCAUAUUCACUGUGAUGGACAGCUCCGGUAAAGUGAAAAUCAUCAACUCCAGAGAGACUGUCCCCAGCAACGUGACCUCUGACCUGCUUAAGUCGUGUCCUAACACCACAGAGUGGACCGUGGAGUGGCCGCAAGGUGGGCUGUUUAUCUGGCAUAAUGCUAAUAUUUAUAAUUUAGCCAGAGAAGGAUUCCCUAUUCCUUACUACCAAGGUCAACACAUCCCACGCAUUGGUAACACGUCACUACGGAAGUUAUAUUUAGAUAAAAAUGGGAACCUGCUUAAGACCGGUGAUACUGUGAAAUUUGAGAAACUGGCUGACACUUUGGAGAUGAUCGCAAACGAGGGACCAGAUGUGUUUUACAACGGAACAAUAGCAAAGAAUUUAAUCAGUGACAUACAGAAUGAAGGAGGAAACCUCACACUGGAGGACUUGGCAUCGUAUCAAGCUAAUGUGACUGAUGCGUGGAAUAUUUCUUUGGGAGAUUAUAAAAUGUACUUCCCUCCGCCCCCUGCAGGAGGAGCCAUCCUCAGCCUCAUCCUCAACAUCAUGAAAGGAUACAAAAUGAAUUCAGAACCUAAGACGACUGAUGAAAAGAUUUUGUUUUAUCACCGUUAUAUUGAAGCUUUAAAAUUUGCCAAUGAAUUAAAGCCAAAUAUCAGCGAUCCAAACUUCAGCUCAGAUAAAAUGGCAAAGAAACUGACACAGGAUAGCUUUGCAGACAGCCUUCGAAGCUUGAUCAGCAGCGACAAGACUCGUGAUCCUGGCAUCAACUUGUAUCUGGACAGCAUCGGCACCACACAUGUAUCUGUGCUGGCUGAAGAUGGAUCUGCUGUGUCUGUCACCAGCAGCAUCAACGAUGAAUUCGGCUCCCGGGUCCUCUCUCCAAGCACUGGAAUCAUUCUCAACAACCAGCUGUCUGACUUCUGUGGUAGAGCUAAUAGAACCUCUCAUGGGGAGCGGCCUCCCUCCAAUAUGGCCCCUUCUGUGCUGAAGUCUCCAUCGAAGACGCUGGUGAUUGGAGGGUCUGGUUCUGAAACGAUUCCACCGGCUGUGGCCUCGGCACUCAUGAACCACCUUUGGUUUGGAAAGAGUCUUAAGGAGGCAAUUAUUACGCCUGUUGUUCUUGUAGACUCUAAAAGUGAAGUAAAACCUGAACCCAAGCUUGAAAAGGAUGUAGUUGAUGGUCUUGAAGCUCUGGGACAUAAAAUAGCAAAAUUCUACAACACAGUCAACGCUGUGGAAAAGGCGGGCAGCUGUAUCUCUGCAUGGUCUGAUGAAAGGAAAAAAGGCAAAGCUGCUGGUUACUGAGACCAAGAGUCAGUGAUGUCAGUUAUACAGCAUGGUCUUAAGGUUAUGGACACUGCUGUAGCUACAACAUUGGUAAAUCUAUAUUCGUCUGUUAACUGAUAGAUCAUUCAUGCUUUGCUCAUGUGUAUAAAAAGUUUGUAAUAUUGAAAACAUAAUGCAACGAUCAGAUCAGUUAAAUCCCAAAUUUCAUGCAAAAAUGUGCAAAGACAGCACUGUAAAAACUAGAAAUGUAAUUUUUUUAAAAAGUAGGGAUUGCUGUUGAUAUCCGCCUCAAUUUUUUACAAUCAAUAUGACCUUCUAAAUAUUUGUUUAUUUUGGGUUUUGAUUCAUAUAGAAUUGACUAAACAAGGAAACAGCUUUCAGGUCAAAAUGUGAAGCCCAUGCCUGUUUCUUUGACCUGCAUUCUUUCUAAAAAGCAGGCCAGCAGGUUGAGACUGACUGCAGAAAUCUUUGGUUAUAGUAAACAAUUCAUAUUUUAAAGUCUCAUCAAAUUCAUGUUUACUUUGUAGAUUUUAGCCCACUGGAUAGUCCAGAAGGGAGAUAAAGUAGGGUACACUUUAGGGCAGACCUAAGUUAUCUAUCAAUUGAUUUGUAGUUUAACCCCCCAGCCCCCACCCAAUGCUUUUUAUUAUUAUGUUUUUAUAUUUAGUUUUCAUAUUAAGAUUUUGUGCUUCAUUAAUCCUGCUAUGUUUUUGCUCUUAUAAAGUGUGGGUAAUUCUGCUGAUGUGCUCAGGGUAAAAGUUAAUCUGACAAGCAGUUUGUGAGGCAGGUUUUCUUUUUACCUCGGUAUCUGUCUGAGCUCCUGUCUGUUUAUGAUUAAUAAAGUAUUCUGAUUCUGAUUGUUUCAGGAUGACCUGCCAUUAUCCAAUGACACAUCUGCUUACCUGCAUCUUUUGCUCGUUUCUCCUCC